UGCCUAUUUUGGGUUAGAACAAGAACAAGAACAAGAAACAAUAAUAUACUGAACGUAAAUUAAAGGCUCCAAAUCACCUUCUCUUAUAUCGGCAACCGGAACCUGAAACUUAAUUUUCAUUUUGUUCAUCUGCUAGUUUUCUUGAAUCUUGACGAUGGCCAAUCUAGAGUUGACAAGAACCAUCAUGUGGCUGCCACCAUUCUUGGGGCAAAGAUGUCGAUGCCAACCUAGGAUCGACAAAAUUCAGUUUCGUCUCUUGCUCCACUCAUCGUUCGAUUCAUCAUCUUUGGGCUCUGAUUACAAUGUUUGAGCUCAAUUAUUCGAUUAAACCGUUCCACAUUUGCUUUUCAAGGACAGUCAAUCAUGGCUGGCCCUCCCCAAUUCUUUUGUACUAAUUUAUUUGCUGCCCCCCACCUACCCCCCUGACGGCUUACCUAUCUCCUCUUCACCAUCCUUCUCAUUCCCUUCUUUCAAUUUCUCUCUGCCGGGAUCUCAAUCACAUUCUCAACGCUGCCCAAUUGCCAGAUUUCUGACGCACGCCGAAGAAAAAUGGAGUUUGGGCCGGCAUUUUCUGGCUUAGGGACCAGAACUGAAGGGACUAGAAAGAAUUCAACUCUUAUAUGUGUGCCAAUAGUGUCAGAAUCAAUUGACAAGAUGAUUGUUGACGUUAAGAAAGCUGGAGAGAAUGGUGCUGACAUUGUGGAGAUAAGAUUGGACGCAUUGAAGAUUUUCAAUCCUCAUGAAGAUCUUAAACUUCUCAUUAAGGAGUCCCCUCUACCUACCUUAUUCACUUACAGACCAAAUUGGGAGGGUGGUCAGUAUGAUGGUGACGAAAACCAACGACGGGAUGUUCUUCGAUUAGCCAUGAAAUUGGGAGCAGACUAUAUCGAUGUUGAGCUUCAGGUGGCUCGGGAGUUCAUUGACUCUAUACAGCAAGAGAAGCCAAACAAUUUUAAAGUCAUUGUUUCCAAUCACAAUUAUAAGAAGACCCCAUCUUUAGAGGACUUAGGGAGUCUUGUCGCAGAAAUCCAAGCAACUGGAGCUGACAUUGUGAAGAUUGCAACGACCGCAUUGGAUAUCACUGAUGUUGCUCGCAUGUUUCAAGUACUUGUCUAUUCACAAGUUCCAAUAAUUGGACUGGUUAUGAAGGAUAGAGGAUUCAUUUGUCGACUACUUUGCCCCAAAUAUGGUGGUUAUCUUACUUUUGGUACCCUUGAGGAGGGAAUAGUUUCAGCUCCUGGUCAACCGACGAUCAAAGAUCUAUUAAAUUUAUACAACUUCAGACAGAUAGGGCCUGAUACUAAGGUUUUUGGCGUUAUUGGAAACCCUGUAGGCGACAGCAAAUUACCUGCAAUGUACAAUGAGCUUUUCAAGUUAGUUGGUCUCGACGCCAUUUAUGUUCCCUUAUUGGUGGACGAUCCUACCAAGUGUUUAGACACUUAUUCAUCAAGUGAUUUUGGCGGAUUCAGUGUAACAAUCCCACACAAGGAAGCAAUAUUCAAAUAUUGCGAUGAGGUUGAUCCAGUUGCAAAGGCAACUGGAGCUGUUAACUUUGUUCUUAGAAGACAAUCUGAUGGAAAAUUAUGUGGCUAUAACACAGAUUGUUAUGGUGCUAUUUCAGCCAUUGAAGAUGGAUUACUCGACUUGCAUAACAACAGCUCCAUAGUCGGUUCACGCUUAGCUGGUAAGCUCGUUGUUGUCAUUGGUGCUGGUGGAGUUGGCAAAGCCCUUGCUUAUGGUGCAAAACAGAAGGGAGCCAGGAUUGUAAUUGCUAACCGCUCGUUUGAUCGGGCUAGAGAACUUGCAGACCGUGUUGGGGGACAGUCUUUGUCUCUUGCUGACUUACAAAAUUUUCACCCGGAGAAUGGCAUGAUUCUUGCCAACGCUACGCCGAUUGGAAUGCAGCCCAAAGUUGAUGAAACUCCCAUUCCAAAGCAUGCUCUAAAACACUACUCCCUGGUUUUCGAUGCUGUUUACACACCAAGAAUGACUAGACUCUUGCGGGAAGCUGAGGAGUCUGGAGCAGCUAUUGUUCCUGGGUUGGAGAUGUUCACCAGGCAAGCAUAUGAACAAUAUGAAGGGUUCACUGGCCUGCCUGCACCCAAGGAACGUAUUAGGAAAAUUUUGGCAGAUAAUUAAUGAAAUGGUUCUUGUCCUAAUUAUUCUCAACUGGCAGUUUUCCUCCAAUUCACCGUAUUCAGCAAGACUUUUGUCAUUGUAUUGUAGCGGAUCUAAUUCAAAGAGCUCGAAAUGACUUUACAAGUGCUUAGAAGAAUAAUGAGUGGAAAAUUAUAAUGUAGUUGAUUAUUUCCGUGAACUAUUUCAUGUAAAAUAGGGUGGAAUAAUACUGAUUCUAUUGUAUCACUAGUAUUUAUGUCAAACCCCCUUCAAAACGAACUCUUUCAUCUUGAAUCCUUGAGACAAGUGAGUUGAAUCUAUAGGGGACUUCCCUUUAAAAUCUUAAAUAAACUGUUGCAAUUAUAUAUAUUGAAUUGCCUCA